UCCAGAGUCUGCACCCUAUCUAGGUUGUCGCUGGGACCCACUGGAGGCCACCCACAACAGAAGUGCCUUGUUUUCCAGGCGUGGAGGGCCAUACUCCCUAACUCCAAACACUGGCAGCGUGGGAGUUUGGGGAGAGGUGUCCCACACCAGAUGCUGAGCCCUGCAGGUGACUGGCCCAAGAGUAGCAGGGGCCCGUGACGGCCACUCCAACGUCUGAAGCCAUGGCCAGUGGGGAAGACGAGCCGAGGAACUGUGCGGUGUGCGGGGACCGAGCCACAGGCUACCACUUCCAUGCCCUGACUUGUGAGGGCUGCAAGGGUUUCUUCAGACGAACCGUCACCAGAAGCACUGGUCUCACCUGCCCCUUUGCUGGACGCUGUGAGGUCAACAAGAUCCAGAGACGUCACUGCCCAGCCUGCAGGUUGCAGAAGUGCCUGGAUGAUGGCAUGAAGAAGGACAUGAUCCUGUCGGCAGAGGCCUUGGUGCUGCGGCGAGCAAAGCAGGCCCAGCGGCGCGCGCAGCGAGCACCCAGCCAGCUGAGCGACAAGCAGAAAGAGCUGGUCCAGACUCUCCUGGGGGCCCACACCCGCCACAUGGGCACCAUGUUUGACCAGUUUGUGCAGUUCAGGCCUCCCGCUCAUCUGUUCGUCCGCCACCAGCAUUUGCCCGUCUCGGUCCCCGUACCGCCUCUGCUGGCGCACUUCGCAGAGAUCAACACCUUCAUGGUGCAGCAAAUCAUCAAGUUCACCAAGGAUCUGCCCCUCUUCCGGUCCCUGCCCAUGGAGGACCAGAUCUCCCUUCUCAAGGGAGCGGCUGUAGAGAUCUGCCAUAUCGCCCUCAACACCACCUUCUGCCUCCAAACACAAAACUUCCUCUGUGGGCCACUCCACUACGCGAUAGAGGAUGGAGCCCACGUGGGCUUCCAGGAACAGUUUUUAGAGCUGCUCUUUCACUUCCACGGGACCCUGAGACGACUCCAGCCAGAGCCCGAGUAUGUGCUCAUGGCCGCCAUGGCCCUCUUCUCUCCCGACAGGCCUGGGGUUACCCGGAGGGAACAGACUGAUCAUCUGCAAGAGGUGACGGCACUGACCCUGCAGAGCUACAUCGAAGGCCAGCAGCCAAGGCCUGGGAGUCGGUUUCUGUAUGCGAAGCUGCUGGGCCUGUUGGCCGAGCUCCGGAGCAUUAACAACGCCUUUGGCUACCAAAUCCGGCACAUCCGGGGCCUGGCCGAUAUGCCACUGCUCCAGGAGAUCUACAGCUGAGGCCCCAGCCCAUGUGGACACACGGGACUGGGGAAGGGGGAAAUACUGGGGCCAGAGGUUGGGACCGGUAGAAAGGGAGCCCAGUGGUUGCAAUGAAAGACCAAAGCGGUAACUGCCCCUUCAUGCAGUCUUGGGGGCCGUGGGGGAUGACCACGGGGACAGAGUUGUUCUCCGGAAGCACAGAAAAUGAGGAAGGAGGGAGCCUCGGGGCGAAGAGGUAAACAAGCGCCUUCCGGGAAGUGAGGGGGGGGCCCACUUUCCCAGGGCAAAGAUUUAGCCCUUCAGCCCUCGGGAGACUCUGGGAUGGAAAACAGGACGGGGAGCUGAUCCCAUGCAGACUUUUCUGCUCUGAAGAGGAAGACGCUGGGAGCUUUAAUCGACAGGGAGAUGUAGAAGGGGGCGGGGGGGGGAGUGAGGGGAGAGAAGUCAGCCAGACAGACCCCCUAAUCCUUCUCCCUCGGUCCAGAGCCACAAGAGCACGGGAAGAGGACGCCGGUGGGGGGUGGGGGGGGGGUGGCAGAGGUCGGAGCCUCACGACAGCCCCUCGGCAGCCGCCCCUGCGGCAGCUCCAGUUCUGAGGAGGGCACGGCCCUGUCCCCCACUCUGCUCCUGGGACCUAGAGGUCACCCAGCAGGGUGGGCUCUGGAGAGGGGCCUAGUCUCUGGCCCUCGGGCACCUGACUCGGAGGCUCCAGCUUCAGCGGGUGCCGGCUCUGGGACAACCUCAGCCCACAGUGAUGCUGAACCCACAAUGGAACCUGUUGCGCCAGUGGUUGAGGAAGGCUCCGAGGGCUAGGGUGACAGGCAAGGGGGGCAUCUUCUUCUCCAGCACGGCACCCACACACCAGUUACUGUCCACCAAGCCUGUGGGAGAACGGAAUGUAGACCGGGUUAGGUAUUUAUUUUUUUAAUUUUUCUUAAUGUUUAUUUCUCUGGUGGGGGGGCGGGGCGAGAGAGAGAGAGGGAGACACAGAAUCCGAAGCGGGCUCCAGGCCCUGAGCUGACAGCCCAGAGCCCGACGCGGGGCUCGAACUCAAGAACCCCGAGAUCAUGACCUGAGCCGAAGUCGGAUGCCUGACCGACUGAGCCCCCCCCGACCUCCAAGUGCCCCUGGACCGGGUUAUUUAACAGGGUUGCAGAAAGGGGUCAGAAGUAAGGCAGACCUUCCCUCCCUCGGUCCCCCCAAGCCCUCGGCACCUGCGAAUGCCGUCCGAAUGACCCUCACCUCUAAACAUCAUGUUGGCCUGGGGUAGAGUCAGGUGGUAACCAAAGGAGAAGGUUGUGUCUUGUAGCCUCGUGUUUGCCUCAAACUCCACCCCGACCUGAACCUGAGAAGCAGGGCAAGGGUGGGAGAAGGAUCUGUCUCAGUGAGGCCUCGAGGAGCCCUGAGGGGGGACCCGCGGGAUGAAGGCAGGCGGGGGGCAACGUCUGUGCCGUGUGGGUAGGAAGAACAGUAGGCCAGCAGGGCCCGUGGCCGUCUGGAGGGGUCAGAGUUCACGACUGACUUGCGGGGGCGGAAGAUGGCGUCGGUAAUCUCACCUGUUCGUUGGCCCUGUGGUAAUAACUUGCAUGGGCCCCACCUGAUCCCACAUUCAACGUGGCCACCCAGUGCAGGGCUGUCGAAACCAAAGGGGAGGAGACGAGGGGCGUUACUGUAGCAGGACACGGGCCAGGAGCCCUCGCCAAGGCCGGCAUUUCCCCUCCCCAUCGCUGCUCCCCCCUCACCCCAUACCCGAGUACUUCCCAGCCAGGGUCAAGAUGGCCCCCUCUUCGCCUGGCCGCCGGUGAUAAACUAACUCUCCUCCCAGCACCAGCCGAUGGGUGAGGCUCUGCAGGAAGUGAGCGACCAUGAUCACUGCGGGGUAGUGGAGACACAUGGCAUCGGUCACAGGGACAACGUCCGGGCCUGCUCCGCCGCCCCGGCCCACCCAAGAACUUUCCAGUAACCGAUCUGCACAGACAACAACGACGAGGCCUAGCCAACGUUAGCAAGUGAUCAGCCAAGAUCAAAAGAACCCUGUCCCAAUUCCUCACCCGACUCCCCAAUCAGGUCAGGAUUCCCCAGGGUCAGAGUAGCUGUGUAAUCAUCUCCUCGAUACUCGCCAUCGAACUGCCACGUCAGGAACUUGGCCUGCUGCGUCUGCAGCGGGGAGAAAAAGGAGUGAAGCCUUCCUCCUCCUUUGCGGUCACUGGGGCCUCCGCUCCUCUCGCUGGAGCCCCCAGAGCAGGACACCCAUGGAGGAGGACAGGCUUCAGCGGAUAGAGGUCGGGAACAUGGGUCACCUGGAAGACAGCCUUGGCUCGGAGCCGCUCUGCCAGGAGGAGCAGGACCUGGGCGUUGAGGCUGCCACUGCUGUCCAUAUCACCUACCACGGUGGGGAACACCUGUUGGAGAGGGUCCCCAGUAAGACCCAGCUGGUGGGGGGCACCGCUCCGCCUCCAUCCAACUCCCAUCCAACUCGCUAGGAUUUCUUUAACAGUACCCAGCGCCCCCUGGUGGAGCCACAGAGAUAGACUUCUUCUCGCUCCACCUUUCCCCCCUCUCUCCCCUUCAGAGGAAACAUAGAGAAGCAGGUGCCCUGUACGCUCUUCCCCAUAACACACACAUUUCCUCCUCCUCUAGGCCCGAGUCCUGGCUGGGCUUUCAGGGAGAUGACCCCGGCGUGAGGAGUCCUCACCUCUGUGGGGCUAAGUUGCCAGUCCCCCGCGUAGGCCGCGUGGAGGUGAUAGCCUGGCAAGCCCAGAGCACUCAUAUGCACAGUGUGAGCCACCUGAGGAAAGAGAAGUCACUGGAGGAAAGCGCUCCUGCCGAUUUCAACCCCCUCCCCGCCAGCUGCUCCCCAGCCAGAUGGCCUUUUAAGAAUCCCAAAGAUUCCACAUAGCCAACAUCAGACAAAAAGCAACAAGUCCCACAGGCAAGGGAAGCAGGGAGAGCCCCACAUCCUCCCUCAUUUGUCCCACAGAGCCUGCUUAAGGCUUGAGUACAAAGGCCAGGAGGAGAGGAUCCAGGGAGAGGCGGGGAGGGAUAGUGAGGAGGGCCAGAGAAGUGGGAGCACCUGGAAAUGGCUGCUCAGAACCUUGUUGACAACGAGCUUCACUCCCUCCAUCUGUGCUGGGAACACAUCUGAAGGGGGUGGAGGGGAGGGGAAGGGGAGGAAUAAGCACAGACAAGGCACCCCUAUCCCCAGAGGUAAGUCUCCCCUUCCAAUCCCAUAGAAAGCACUUUGGAGGAUCUGACCUCCUUUCGAGUCCUAUCACGAAAUGCUCCACUCCAUUCAGGCACGGGAUCCUCCCAGGGGCUGGAUGCCCCGGCUGUGAUCUCCCUUUCCUGCUCCCAUCACUGGACACCCAGCAUUCAGGACCCUCCCCUGCUCUGCCCCUUCAACUUGAGACACCCACAUGCCAAGUUCUCACCUUUGCAUAGCCGGUGCAGCUCAUCGAAGCUCCCAGGGUUGGGCAGAGGUUCCUCUCGCCGGGGGCUCCGGCGGGGCAAAGCCCCCAUCGGUGCCAGGCCCAGUGUGUUCCCCAUUUCAGUCCAGAGGACAGGGGAGGGGCCGGGGUUAGCCUGAGAAAGGACGCUAUUGCUCCCUCUACCCCCCACGGGCCCCACCCCCCAUCAUCCGACUCCCCAGUCCCAGAAACUUCCACAUGGUCCGACGCUACACCUGGAACAGGAAGAGUGGGGAGAGGGCACCGGUGGGGAGACUGAACCCCAGACACCCCCACACUCCCGUCCCAUCUUUGAUCCUUCACCCCCACCUGUCACCCCCUCCCCUCCCCCAUUCUCUAACCCUAGCUCCCACACAGACCUCACCCAGCUUCCCAGUCUUUCUGCUCUCCAUUCCUAGGCCCCAAGGCGAAGCUUGCAAUGAAGCAGUAGCUCUUACCGUCUCAGACUAUCCUGCUGCCUCCUUUCCCCCGGCACACCCCGGUCAUCUUGAUGGGGGCAGCCAUCUUGAGUGAUGGCAGAACUGCGGCUUCACGCUGCAUUCCCAGCGUGGUCAUCCACGCCAUCUUGGAAUCGGGCAAAAAAAAGACAUCAAAGAUCCGACCGACCCUCCCUUGAUUGGGCCCCGCCCAAUCGAUAAAAAAAAAAAAAAAAGCUGCCUCCCUCUCCCCGCGGCCAAUGGGAGAGGAGGAAGCGAAGGAGUGGCAGACGCAGGUCCAAGGAGCUCCGACCCAGGCACUGCAGAGGCGGGCGGGACUUGAUUGGUAGCUCCUUAGACUUACUCAAGUGGAUGGCCUUAGAUCGCCCGGCGUCUACAAGGUCGGGGGG